GUAGCUGUUUCUUUCCCUUGCUGGUUACCCUCUCGGCACUUUGCAGGCCUUUGACUUUUGGUCACGCCACAAAGACAUGGACGAGCCACUCGACCCGAGCUCGGAACAGAAAACUUGCUCGUUUUGAGCUCGAAUGCCUUGCCUGUAUCAUCAGCUACCACACAGACGGCAUUUGAAGUUUUUGCCAACAAUGUCAGUCCCAACCAACCUUCCUCGAGUGCCAGCAGAUGGCCAAUGGACAGAACGUUCCCCAAAGCCCGAAGACAUCACCUUGGUCGUUUGAUGCCAGCAACAAUCGAGAUGGAAGAAAGCAUAAAAGGACGUGAAGAGCUUCGGCAAACUCGAACUAUUUCUCUUCACCUCAUCACAAUCAGUCCUGGUAUAUCAGCAAGAUUCAAGUUUUAACUAAACAACUUACUUCCGUUGAAAGUUUUCGAAACAACCAUCGCCGCCAACAUGCCCAUCACCAAGUACAAGGCCGCCGCUGUCACCUCCGAGCCCGGUUGGUUCGACCUUGAGGCCGGUGUCCAAAAGACCAUCAACUUCAUCAACGAGGCUGGUCAAGCCGGCUGCAAACUGGUCGCCUUCCCCGAAGUCUGGGUCCCCGGCUACCCCUACUGGAUGUGGAAGGUCACCUACAUGCAGUCUCUCCCCAUGCUCAAGAAGUACCGCGAGAACUCGCUGCGCGUCGACUCGGAGGAGAUGCGCCGCAUCCGCCGCGCUGCCCGCGACAACCAGAUCUUCGUCUCCAUGGGCUUUUCCGAGCUUGACCACGCCACCCUCUACCUCUCACAGGUCCUGAUUGACCCGACCGGCACCGUCAUCAACCACCGCCGCAAGAUCAAGCCCACCCACGUCGAGAAGCUCGUCUACGGCGACGGCUCCGGCGACACCUUCAUGUCCGUCACCGAGACCGGUAUCGGCCGCGUCGGCCAGCUCAACUGCUGGGAGAACAUGAACCCCUUCCUCAAGUCCCUCAACGUCUCUCAGGGCGAGCAGGUCCACAUCGCCGGCUGGCCCGUCUACCCCGGCAAGGAGCGCCAGGUUGCUCCCGACCCGGCCACCAACUACGCCGACCCUGCGUCCGACCUCGUCACCCCUGCCUACGCCAUCGAGACCGGCACCUGGGUCCUGGCUCCUUUCCAGCGCCUCUCGGUCGAGGGACUGAAGAAGAACACCCCCGAGGGAGUCGAGCCCGAGACGGACCCCUCCGUCUACAACGGCCACGCUCGCAUCUACAAGCCCGACGGCAGCUUGGUCGCCAAGCCGGACAAGGACUUUGACGGUCUGAUGUUCGUCGACAUUGACCUCAACGAGAACCACCUCACCAAGGUUCUCGCCGACUUCGCCGGCCACUACAUGCGCCCCGACCUCAUCCGUCUGCUGGUCGACACCCGCCGCAAGGAGCUCGUCACCGAGGCCGACCCCGAGGGCGGCAUUGCUUCAUACAGCACCUACCACCGCCUCGGACUGGACCGCCCCUUGGACUCCAAGCCUGAACUGCACGAGCACGAGGCCACCGGCAAGCGGGUUGCUAAGGAGCCUGCCACGAAGCCCGCCACGAACCUUUGAAAUCUAUGCUCCGAACCUGUCUGGAGGACUUCUCGAGUAACUUUGGUUGUAUAAAAUUCACGCUUUUUGUAAAUAGAAAACCCAUGUACAUAUAGAAUCUCAUCUCAAGCCAUUUUGGCCC